ACAUUAGGAUUUCAGAUUUUCUUUUUGUUCGUAUUGAAAAGCCUUAUAUGUCAUGUCAAGAAGAUUCUUUGCCUAUUUCAUCUUAAGCAUGUACCCUAUACUCAACAAGCAUAUAUACAGCGUUCAUGUAUGAUUUCUCAUAAACCCAACUGUAUAUGCUAUGUUCAGAAGCUAGCUUACCCAUGUCAAGCACAAGCACAUACAGAACACCAACAUAUGGCCAAAUAUAGCCACGUAUCCUGUAUAUAUGUAUGAUUUUAAGGUUGCUCACAAACAAACAAACAUUUGUUUAGGCAUCAUAAGUGGGCUUGCCUGAUUGCAUACAAUUGUGUGUGGGCGUAUGCUACAAUACCCACAUACAGGCGAAUGCACAUGUGUAUAUGUUUGCUUGAAUUUAGUCGUGUGUGAGGGGUGUGUGGUGUGAGAGACAUACAGGCACACGUUUAUAUGCAGUCCUGUGUGCUGUUAUAGAUAUGUGGGGGAGAGAGUGAGACGAGGUCAGCGGAGAAACCUGCAGGCCAUUAGGGGCCUAUAUAUGACGACUUCUUGCAAACUAUGAUGAGAAAAUGUUUGGUUACAAGUGUAGAGCAUUGUAGACGGUUUUUUAUGAGAACUUGGGAAGUGAGUAGACAUGGAUUUGUGCCUUUGGGGUUCACUUAAGGUGUUCAUUGUUUCAUCCAUGGGGUCCCAAAAUUGCAGGUCGAGUCAUUUAAUCUCGCUUAUUGCUGCUUGCUGAUAAACGCGGACUCAUAUUAUCUAUGAACUUGGUUUUUAUCACACAGACAGGUUUCUUUUGGGUUCUCAGAGUUCAAUCUGACCAGUACAAGGGUGUGCUAAUGUACAAACAACAGAAGCCAGAAUUUUCUUUUAUUCAUCUUUGACAUUUGUUCUUGCAAAAAUGGCUUUCGAAUUGAAUUCAGAGAAGGUGAAUCUAUAUCCAUCAAGACAUAGGAACCGCUGGAACCCACUCAGAAUUUUCUUUCAGGAUUGCAGGAGUGUUCUGAAACCGGAUAAUCUUGGCCGGGAGAUUGCACAAAUUGCAUUUCCAGCAGCAUUGGCAUUAACAGCUGAUCCUCUUGCUUCCCUCAUAGACACAGCAUUCAUUGGAAGGAUAGGCACCAUUGGAGGACCUCUUGAGAGAGGGUCACAUUCACCAAAUACUUUAAUGUUUACGGAAGACAGUUUGGCUGAAUUUGAGUUGAAAGGUUGGCUCUCAGGACCCGUGGAGCUUGCUGCUGUGGGUGUUUCUAUUGCAAUUUUCAAUCAAGUUUCAAAAGUAUUUAAUUUUCCCCUUGUAAGUGUCACAACAUCUCUAGUGGCUGAAGAAGAUGCUACUAUUGAGAUGUUUGCUCUGGAGUCUCCGUUGGAUAUUGAGAAGCCUAUAAAGGAAUCUCUAACUACCGAUGAGAAAGAAGUACAAAUUUCUACUACUUAUGGCUCGGAAUCAAAAGGAAACACUGCAAAGGUGAAUAUGACCUUGGGUUCAACAGUAACUGAAUCAAGUAUUGAAAAGAGAGUUCUCCCAUCAGUUUCCUCAGCAUUGGUAAUUGGUGGAGCUCUCGGUAUUCUACAGGCUUUUAUCCUGAUUCUUGGAGCAAAUCCCAUCUUGAACAUUAUGGGUGUAAGCGCAGAAUCACCAAUGCAAUCUCCUGCUGUGAAGUAUUUGAAAUUGCGUGCACUUGGUGCUCCAGCAGUAGUCAUAUCACUUGCAACACAGGGUGUUUUUCGAGGGUUUAAGGACACAAUGACUCCUUUGUAUGCAACAGUUGCAGGUGAUAUAUCUAAUAUUGCCUUGGACCCAAUUCUUAUAUUUCUUCUUUCACUCGGAGUUACUGGUGCAGCUAUUGCUCAUGUUGUAUCUCAGUAUCUUAUUGCUUUUAUUCUUUUAUGGAGUUUGCACAAGCGAGUUGUUCUUUUGCCACCUAAAAUCUCUGACCUGCAAUUUGAUCGGUUUUUUAAAAAUGGUCUUCUACUACUUGCAAGAGUUACCGCUGUAACAUUUUGUUUGACUUUGGCAGCCUCCAUGGCUGCACGACAAGGGCCAGUUCCAAUGGCAGCAUUUCAGAUUUGCAUGCAGAUUUGGAUGGCAACUUCUCUUCUUGCAGAUGCUUUAGCUCUUGCUGGACAGGCUAUCCUGGCAACUGCUUUUGCAAAAGCUGACCUCGAGAAAGCAAGGAGCACUGCUGCCAGGACAUUGCAGAUGGGGAUGGUUCUUGGAAUUUUCCUGGCUAUGGUCCUUGGAGGGAGCUUGCAUUUUUUAUCCAAAUUGUUCACUAAAGAUAUAGAUGUCUUAAAGAUGACCCAAAUUGGGAUUCCUUUUGUUGCAGCAACUCAACCACUCAACGCUAUGGCAUUUGUUUUUGAUGGCAUUAAUUUUGGAGCUUCCGACUUUGCUUAUGCAGCAUAUACAAUGGUUUCCGUAUCAAUAUUUACCAUUCUAUGCUUAUUGGUAUUGUCUCCACUUUGGGGCUUUGUUGGCAUAUGGGUUGGGUUGACAAUUUUGAUGACGUUGCGGAUGUUAGCCGGCGUAUGGAGGAUAGGAACUGCAACUGGACCUUGGAGGUUUCUCAAAAAUUGGGAAAUUUAAAAGCUGAAAUAAAGCCUUUAAUUUCUUAGCCAGGCGAUCUUCCUUCAUUUUUGUGCUGCCUUGCUGACAUAAUAACAAGGAAGGACUUGAAGAUUAAUGUCGAUUGAGUCUGGAGACUUGAGGCCACUUGUAUGCAAUGUUUACUUAUGAUAUUUGGACUCUCUUUCAAGCAGGUUCUCAAGAAUCUUGUAUCCUUCAACAUGUAUAGUACGAAUGUUUGCGUCUCUGUCACUUUUUUAAUUCUCAUGUAGCUACAAACAAAAAGGUAUCAUAGAAUUAGGGAGGUUGUCAAUCAUGGUCUGUUUCAAAAUACCAGAUAUGAGGGUAGGUAGAUGAGAAUAAACUGAUAUAUGUCAGAAGACAAAUUUCAUAUAUUUUGGCUAUUGCCAGAGUUGCAUACAAAUCAGGGAAUUGGAGCACUUACUCAUGGGAUAUAAGGUCACCUCCUCCUGAUCUUUUGAUAUGAAUAAAAAAGAUUAAGCAUA